AUGGCUACCGACGAGGACAUGGAGGAUGUCCAAGCCGAGAAUAAGAAGCGGUCCUCGGUGGACAUUGACAGUGUCAAGCACAAGAAGUUCAAGGCGGACGACUUACCAUUGUCCGGGGCCCAGCAAGCUGCCAUUGACAAACUCUUGCACUCGUUCAAGAAGAAAGGUGGCUUUGAUAGCGUGCGCAAGAAGAUCUGGGCCGAAUUUAAUGAAGGGGACUCCAAAACCAAGUUUACCGACCAGUUGAUUGCGCUAGCCGAGUCCGAGAUUGACCGCGAACCAGCGCUACUGUCUCGCGAGAGAGGAAAAGCCGCGACCCUUAUUGAAGGUGCCGUAGACCGUGGGGAUGUCUAUAAGAACGUGGAGAACUCGAUCGACAAGCUUGCCGCGAACCACCUCGAAUUCAUCCUCGACUCCGUCCGAGAAAUCCGCCGCCAGGAUGUGGGCGAUGAAGUAGCUUCGCGCGAGGAACAGUCGGGCAACAAAACCGACGAAGAUUAUGAUAUCUAUAUCAAGGCGAAACGCGAGGAACGGGAGAAAGUCUGGCGCGAGGAGAUGCGCAAGCAAAAGGAGAUGGAAGAGGAACAGAAGCGGAUCAAAGCAGAGGAGCUCCGCAAGAAACGUGAAAUGGAGCGGCAGAAAGAGGAAGAGGAAAGGGCCAGGCGCAAAGAGGUGGAAGAAAAGAGACGGGCUGAAGAGCGGGAGCGUGAUGAGCAGCGAGAACGAGAGCGGCAGGAGCGAUAUGAGCGACGAAGACGGGAGGACCGUGACCGAUAUCAUUGGGAUCGAGACCAGGAUCGCAGUCGAAGCAGAGACCGUCACCGGUACCGUGACCGUUCGCCGGCAUACCGAGCUGACCGUGGAGUAUCGCCUCACCCCCGGGAUGCAACAAAGAAAGAAUCGUCCUCAACAUCAAAAGAUCCAACCCCUGCACCCCCACCACCUGCUCCGGUGGAUGAGAAAUCAUUGGAGGAAGCUGCUCUGCAGAUGUUGCUUAAAGAAGGCGAGGAGCUUGCGGCCAAGGCGCGGCAGAAGCCCGAGUUCGACUUUGAAGAGGCCGAGGCUAUUGAAAAUGGACUCAAGCCGGCGACGGCGCAGCUGGCACCCCGGCUCGAGACCCCGACAGACGGCACGAUUCAAAUGCAGAUCGCACUGAACGUCCGCGUCAUCGUACACGAGAUCGAAGCCGCAGUCGCUCUCGUCGUCCAUUUGCAUCUCGUUAUGAGGCGGAUCGCCGCCAUGAUCGGUCCAGAGACUCUCGGGAUCGUGACAUGGACGAACGACGUGGAUACCGCGACUUUCGCGACGAGGAUCGAAGCUACAGGCCCAGUCGCCGCAGCCGCAGCAGGUCGACUGUCCGGGGACGUGAUCGCAGCCCAGAACGGCGCGAACGACCACGAUCCAGGGACCCGGUCAGGGAUUAUGACCGACGACACCGUGAGCGCAGUCGCAGUCGCGACAGAGAAAGAGAUCGCCCUCGACGCAGCCGUUACUCCCGGUCUCCCUCACGACCCGGUAAUACAACUCCACGACCGCGGCGACGUUCACGCACGCGGUCCCCCUCGAGACAACGCGCCCGCGAGCGCCCCAGGUCCCGCUCUCGAUCCGCUCGACGGCGCUCCCGCUCCCGUCGCCGGUCUCGCUCUCGCAGACCUUCUCCCCCAGGCCUCGACAUCGACCGCUACGUCCCCUCUACAAGCAACCGCAGCAGAUCACCACGCCGCCGCCCACGGUCCCCGGAUCCCGCAGCAGCUGACCGGUCCAGAAUGGGCGAUAUCGAUCGGUACAUCCCUGUCUCCGAGCGCAAAAAGGAAGGCGAGCGCGACGAACCGGCCGCUGAACGGCCUAGAGCCGAUGCGCCGGAUGAUCGUCGGCCUCGGCGGCGUACUCCCAGUCCUGCUCGUAGGAGAAGUCGCAGUCGCAGCCGUCGACGCAGCUUUAGUCGGAGGAGGAGCAGGAGUCGAAGACGGAGUCGCAGUCGUUGAUUUUGAACGAUAA